AAGAUGGAGCUCGAGUCAAUGGGAUUGGAGAAUCCUAUGGGUGAGGACACUGGAACCACAGAAAGUUCCUGUGGAGCUGCAUCCAUCGUGUCUGUAGGUGAUGUAAAUACAGAGCCGUUUGAGGGUAUGGUGUUUGAAUCUGUGGAGGCUGCCAAGAUGUUCUAUGAUGAGUAUGCUAAAAGGGUAGGAUUUGUGACCCGUAUUGUGUCAUCCCGUCGCUCGGAGCGUGAUGGUUCAAUUAUAUCCCGGCAACUUGCAUGUAAUAAGGAGGGAUUUAAUCUCAAUAGUCAGAGGGUAGGGCGUGUUCAAAUUAGGAAACGAGAGAGCAAACGGGAAGGAUGCAUGGCUAUGAUUCUGGUUAAGAGAGAGAAGCCUGGAAAAUGGGUUGUCACAAAACUUUUAAGGGACCACAACCAUCCAUUAGCAGUUUCUCCCAUGAAGGGUCAUCCAACUACGAAUAUUUGGAACUGUAUCACCUGUGAUUACAAUUACAUAAUUACACUAGGAAGGAUAUUGCAAGUUUGCAACUCAAGAUGAAAAAGAUAGGAAAAUUCAGGAGUUAUCUGAUGAGCUGCAUCGUACAAAUCAACAAUUGGCAGCAUGUCGUGACCAGCUGCAUAUGUAUAUGAAAUAUAUCGAAGAACAUACAAACCACCUUUCCAAAACAGUUGAUCUAGUAGUUCAGAAUAUCAGAGAACUUGAAUCUGAAGAGCAAGAACUUUCACACCAGAGAUUGGACCCAAGUAUUUGAGACGAUCUUCUGUACAAUGUCUUCUUGUAUUGACAGCUAGCUGAUACAACGAUCUUCGAUACCUUAAGUGUAAUUUAGGUACUAAAGAUUUGAUAGCUAGUUUAGUCACCUCUGUUCUAAAGUUCUGUAAAUCCAUAUUCUUCAUCCAACCUAAUGUCUGUCCUUGAAAUUCUUCUCAAUGUACAUUUGAAACUGAUACAUUCAACUUAGACCUUCCAACCAAAGU